AUGGCCAUGAAUGAGUUGAACAGCAUCACAAUAUCUGAACAUGUUAUAGUUGAAAUUCCAGUCAAUGUUUCGUGUUUGCUUAUCAAGAAUCUUGGGCCCUUUGAUAACAUAUACCAGAAUGACAGUAUUGAAAUAAAAUUGAAUGUAUCUGAUGGUUCUAACCCGGAAUUUUUGUUUAUUUUGGGCAAUGGAAUAAAUCUUACACAAAGAUCAACAGAAUUGGUGUACAGUUAUCCGCAAAGUGGACUGAAAAAUAUUAGCGUAAUUGUUUACAACAAUAUAAGUGCGUAUCAGGUACGAACUGUUGUAAAUGUCCGAAAAGUCUUUUCACUUGGUAAUGCAACUCUAGAGGUUUCUUCAGCCAACGUUACAGAGCCGGCAUUGAUGAUCCUAAAUGUCAGUGAAGGGUUUCCAUAUCUAUGCUUUUGGUAUUUUGGAGAUGGGAGUUUCAUUCAAACAUCUUCUUUUCAAAACAGUUCAUUCAUCUACCAUGUUUACAAAACAAUAAAUGUUUUCAACGUAAACAUUAACUGCUCAAACAACUUUGGCUUUAUAGUCCAAAAAGCAACUGUUACGGUACAGCAAGCAAUUAAAAGCCUAACUUUCACCAACAACUGUCCGAGGCAAAUCGAUGAAAUGGUAGUUUUUAACAUAUCAACAGAAGAAAGAGGAACGAAUUCCUGCUUUGUUGUUAAUCUUGGUGAUGGAACAUUUUUUGGGUUUGGUCACGAAGACUGCAGUCAUGAAAACGUAUCGAUAAGAUUCUUAGGCUUCGCUGGAAAUUAUUUUUCUAUCAACUACAACUACUCUUCGUUGGGAAGUUAUGAUGUAAGCGUGACAGCGUGGAAUCGUGUUUCUCGUUCCUUCCUACAGGACAAAGCCCUUGUGGUAAAAAUACCUUGCAAUUUUCCCACCAUAACAGUACCAGAGUUUAAAAAAGAUAUAAAUUCUCGAACAGUGUUCACUCCAUUACAGGCCGUUCGUUUUCGUGUUUUUAUUACGAAAAUCGAUUGCAAGGCAACUGAUCAAAAAGAUAUCAUUUGGACUGUUUCUGAGGUGUCAUCUUUGCCAAAGAAUAAAUCUGGAACCCAUACCGUUCUUAACCCAGACAACAAGAAACUCGAGGAGCUAACUAUACAGAAAAAGACCUUGACAUAUGGUGUAUAUAUGAUUAGGUGUAAUGUCAGUAUGAGAGAACAAUACGAUGUGUACAGCAUUGAAGAAGGCUUCAUUGAAAUACAAGGCAAUGCUUUGAUAGCAAUAAUCGAAGGAGGGAGUCUCAUUCAAAAAGCCUUUGGUAAGCCCUACGUACUGGACGGUUCGGAUUCCCGUGACCCUGAUGACGCUGAACCCAAUUUACAGUACUACUGGCUUUGUCAAAAUGCUUCCUGGGAAAUACAGGAAGAUUUAAUGUCCAUGACAAGCGAAACUUACCUUCUUAAUGUCUCUGAUUACAAUGCAUCCACUUUCUGCCAUAGAUCAAGAAACGGAACUUUAAUGAAGGGCGGAUCGUCCAUUGAAAUUCACACAGGCACACUUGGGUUGCAUUCUUCCUAUGCAGUGGCCCUUUUUGUCUUCAAGACAGUGAAUAAUCACUUUCGAAUCUCAAGCUUUACUCAGGUUGUAAAGAUUGUCGAUGGAGAUCCACCAGUUAUCAAAAUCAGGUAAGAAGAUACCUUCAAAGCACUAUCAUAUUUCGAGUGUAUAAGCAAGUUUUUUUGUGAUACGUCCUGUUAAUAAAUCAAAACUUAGUUAGGUUUCUAUUUUAAAUUCCAUACGAUCAUAAUUUACUAUAUAAUUUUUCCUAAGGCUACUCAUAAUUGGGCUAGUUAUUGAAUUUGAAUUAAAAAAAAAAAAAAAACUAGAGGUAGAGAUAUUGUGGUAAAGAUUGAUUGUAUCUAAUGUAAAAUUCACUUUGAAGAGUUCACCAUCUGUAGAGUGUACCUUUUUAGCUGAACAGUUAAUUCCUUAAAAAUAUCACUAUAACAGACGACCACAUGUUUCACGUGACUUUGAAAUAAAUGUAUUCACUAGGUGCAAACGGAACUGUGGUGCAACUGUUAACGCUGCGGAAAGAUUUCUGCUAGAAGCCCAAAUUGACCCCUUGGAAUCACUUAACACUUUACAAGAAAGAUACCAAUGGAAUGUCUACGAGAAAAUUGAAGAAGGAGAAACAUUUGCCUGGACGAAAUUCAAAGAUACCGAUGCAUCAAAUGUUAAUCAUAUAUAUUUCCUUGAGAACACUCUUAAGCCUGGGAGGUCUUACAAGGUGUCUGUUAUUGGAAUGAUACAUGGUCGAGCGGACGGAUACAGUGAGUUGGACUUCUAUGUCAAUAUCCCACCUCGUGGUGGAAGUUGCUUUGUUGACAAAUCUGAAGGCUAUUCAGACGAGACUUCGUUUUUGUUCGAGUGCAAGGAAUGGGCUGACGAAGAUCUUCCAUUGUCGUACGAGUUUAUGUAUUACACGCGUUACGGGGUCGUGUUUCUCUUGUAUGAUGAUAUUUCACCUGUUUUUGUUACCAAGUUACCACUCGGUGAAGUGGAAAAGAACUUUACCUUGAACUUGCAAGUGAAAGUAAUCGAUGCUCACGGCACAUACAACACCACAAAAAUCGACGUCCAGGUAUGUAAACAGGAAAUUGACUGUCCGAAAAAAAAAAGGCUUUGCUAUUAAGUCGUCAUUAUUCCUUGUAUUGGAUGUACUAGUAAGGAAAUAAUUUCGUUGGACCACCAUCUUGUACGUCCAAUGUUUGCUUUUUAUAGCUUUAGAUCUGUUUUCAUAAUGCGGUUCGGAUACAUAGCCGGCAAGUAGUACCAGAAGAACCAACAAAAGUUUGUAAACAUACCAAGCGCCGUAAUUGACACCAUAAUAACGUGAACAGAGACGAAAAUUCCUCAACGAGAAAACAAAAUGGAUAUUCUUUGUAGGACAUACAUAUAUAUCAUUUGUGUUUAUCUGAACAAGGUUUCAGCCUCUGUAUAUUUGCCAUUACAAACAUAAUGCUAUUUGGGAAAGACCCACGGGUCUUAAUACUGCUCCACAAUACACUUUCUUAUUUUAUCAAAUUUGGUGACUAUUUAAAAUCAGUUAGAUUUUGCCGUCUGAUAUUCGCUUGGUUAACGUUAAUUCUAUAUUAAGAGGAGAUGUUGUUGUGCGACUUCUUGGUCUAGAUUGAGUUAACCUGUUAAAUAACUACUGUAUGUAUAACAGGGUAAUUUGGUAUUAUUAACUAAGUUGAUAAUACGAAAAUAGCCUAGAUGGACCCAUCGUGAAUGAUUGCAACGCGGAUUAUUGUCCAUUUGAUGAGAAAUUCAUCUUCAAAUUAGGACAUAAAGUGUCGCUUGUCCACUUAUUUUGUGGAUAAGUGAUCACAGCAGGAAAUAGCUUUUACUCCUUAAGGAUAAGAAAUUGAAAGAACUCGCUGGGGAAGGCACUUCACCCCACUUCAUUUGCAUGAGCGGGCGAACAAUUUACCACUUCAGACUGUCACAGCAUUGCUCUAAAAGUGUCAUGUAGAAUCCGAAUGAGAUGGUCAAAUGUACAAAUAUUUUCCAAAGUAUAUCAUCUAACUAUUUGUUUGUUUCACAAAUAUCAUUUUCCAUAAUAAAUUGAUGUUGUUUUUUUUUCUAUUGGUUCAAGGAAGUACUACUAGUUUCAUCUGUUAUCCGCUUAAUUCCAGGUACUUCUCGGUACAAACAAACAAAAUGAGACUUUAUCAAAGUUCCAGAACUUCGCAAUUAAGUCGUUGUCUUCACUAAUGGAAGAGGGAAAGACACAGGAAGCCACUCGUGAGAUGAAUGCGAUCGCCUCCGUUCUAAAUGCCUUUGCAAUGCAAAAUGGAACUACGGAGAAAGAGGAACGCAAACAAGUGAGGCUUUUAGUUUCUCUAUACCGUUUUAAUGUCCUUUUGAGUUAUUAAACAUUAGCACCGACUAGGUGGUAGCAAGCUUGAGUUGUUCUUUAAUCUUUCAUCAUUUCUGUUAAAUACUAUUUUAAUGCAUUUUUAGGAGUCUAGAUGAAAUUAUUUUCUUCGUCUUUUGCUGUCGUACUAGAGGAGCCUGAAAUUUUGAUUAGAAAUCUCUAGUCAAGUUUAAACUACUAUACUUAGGUUUCGUCCAAUUGCACUGAAUCCAGUUGCAUGUCUAUGGUCUGGGAAAAUUAGAUAAUGAUAAUCAAUUAAUUUAUUUCGUCUCCCAACGUAGACUCAGAAACGUUGAGAUCUGCAUCACAGCUUGAUAUACCUCGUGAACGUGACAAGUGAUUAAAAAUUCCAUCCUUUUUAACGAAAAUAUGUGACUGAUCAGCUCAAGGUCUUGUAUUUCUUAGUUAAGAGCGACGAUGGCAACUGUUCUUGCAAAUAAAACAGCAUCGUCUCUCUCUGAUGUGAAGCAGUUGGGAUCAGCCUUAAAUCAAGUGACCCUAAUUAGAGACGAGGUUCCUGUUGAUAUUCAGGUAAGAAACAGCAAACGAAAGGCACGUUGUUUUGUGGGUUUACAAGUAUUGAAACAUGAAACAACUGGAGGAAAUCGGGAUGAUUGUGUUAUUGUCCAUUGCUUUCUCAUUUAGGAUCUCACAUUCACGUAGGUUUUUUUACUGUCUAUGCUUCGCUACUUGUAUGAACGAUUUGAUUGAAGCAUUGAAGUCCUCAAACAAAGUGCAUACCAUUCGUGAUACUGCUCUGAAAUUUCAGGAAAUUAGUCUCAAAUCUUUUAAAGACAUGGCGGAUUUGAUCGAUAAAAAGUCGCAUGACAAGGCAACUUCCACAAGUCUCAUCAACGACACAGCCAUCAUAGUAGGAUCGGGCCUAGUCAAUGUCAUCAUGGCGUCCAGCGAUUCGGCUCGACUAUACGGGGAAUAUCCUUCUCAGGACUCGCAACCGUAUUCUAAUAAUACUGUAGAAAAGGUAUGUCGAGUAGAUGAUGUUCUUCAUAAAUCAGACACUUUAAUGAAUCAAAGAACAACUCACCACAACGCAUAGCGAAGCUAAUCCCGUUACAGUGCGAUAGAAUUUUUUGGAAUUCAAAGUUCCCUCCUUCGUUUCGUUUAAUCGUGAAAUAAUCUUGAUUCUAAUAGGGAAUGGGAAUGACCUUAACACCUUCCCUUAACAAUGGUUUCGUUCACUAAGCAACAAAUGGGAACAAUCUUUCACUUACAUUACAUCCAAUACAAAUACUCCUAUUCUAACUCAUUGAAAACCUUUAAGUGAGCUGUCUGUCAGUUUUUGAACUCUCGAAAUUUCUCUAAUUGUUUCUAGGCAAGGGUAAUUGCGCGUGAUGCCAUGGCAACUUUGGGUAAUGUUACUGAUGCGUUGAGUUCUUUAACGAUUCUUGGAGAAGAACCUCUGAUUAUGUCUGUACCUCGAAUGUCAAUGGUUCUACAAAAGAUGAGAUCGGACAUAAUUGGCGAACACACCGUUGGGAAUGGCCAAGUGUCUGUACACUUGCCUAACCUUACAGAGGUAUUCGGUGGAAUUUCGGCCAAUGGAUACGUGGAUUUACAGGUAUCCAUUAUGAUGUUCAUAUCAGUUACAUUGAUUGUUUAAGUUUUUCAUUGAGCCGAGGGCAGGCAAAACGUUGAAUUGAGUAAAGUGGUCAUAUCUCAGGGAAUAGAGGAAACGUGAAUGAAAACGGUGAGUAGGAGGAGGGAAAUCAUAAACCAUUUACCUUCAUUCUUCUCCUUACACUCUUUUUUUAAUUACCACCCUUUAUUGUUUAUUUUUUAAAAAGUUACGAAAUUGGCAUUUUCCCAAUUGUAAAGCUAAUAGCCAGAUACAUUUACUGACUCUUUACAUUUUAUUUAUAGGUACUUGUUUUUCCUAGCAACCCAUUUACGUGGGACAGCACAGCUUCGACCAUUUCUUCCCACAUUCUCACAGUUAUGCUCAAAGAUGAAAAAAAAACUGAAUUAAACGUAUCUUCUCUUAAAAAUGAAAUCAGCCUGAUUAUACCCCAAAACAUAAAGUUGCUUCUGGAACCAUCACCAGCAUUCAUGAACGGAGGCAACGGCAGUAUUCGUUAUCAUAAAUUUGACAUCACAAAAGUGGAACACCCAAUGAGUUUUCGGAUUAAACCUAGCAAAAACGAUGUAUUUUUUGCGAUCUAUUGGGGCUAUCAGGAGCGUCCUGAGAUGGGAGACCAUAACUUAGUCACUGUUUUGCCAGACUUUUCGUCAUGCAGCGUUCUUGAUGGCAGCCUUGAGACCUGCGAGUAUGAUCCUUACACGGUAUUCAUAAGCGGAUCAUCUAUACCAAGAUCUGGCGAAUAUUACCUGGGUAUCAGAAGUUAUCGGGCAUCAAAUGGUACACGGUCUCGCGUGCGGAGGUCUUGUUUCGAUGGUGCUCGAAUCAAGCGCUCUUGUAUAACUUAUAAAGAUCCUCCACCUCGACCAACGACUGAUCCUCGGGGGGAAUACAAACUUCAAGUACCCUUCUACGAUGCUGAUAAAGACGUCAAUUAUACAGUUAACAGUUUUACAUCACCAUGUAAAUUCUGGGACGUCAAGAACGAGACAUGGUCUUCAAAGGGAUGUAAGGUAAGUACUAUUGUUAUACACGUCGUCAUGAUUGAUUAACUCGUGGUACAGCCGCAGAACUAAAAUUUUGUAGCCGAUUCAAGGGAUCCGCUUGCGACCCACUAGAGUUAUAAUUUUUGAAGCUCGAGGCUGAGUUACCUUCAAAAUGAGGAACAUUUCUUUCGAAAGAAUUUCAAAGGCGCAUUAACAUGUGUCCUUGCCGAACUUGGUAUUUGGUAUUUAUCAGUAACCACAACGUUAUCGCCUGACAUGAUACGUGAUGUUAUGAUUAACGAAAAAAGAGGCCACUAGUGUGCUCGGUUCUGUUGUGAAGCGCCUACGAGGCAAGAGCAUGAUAAAAAUUUACGGGGAAGCAUGAGACAUGGGUGAGUGUUUCCGAUUCCCUUUUCUUGAGGGCUUUAUUGCUGCCAAGGUUUCCUACUACUUACUAGAGGGACUUAAGAGCUGAGUACAGUCGAAGCUUUUUCAUUUCUUUGUUAUAAAGAACCCAUCAAGACUUGUAAGUUAAGUGUAGUUAAAACUGCCUAACAUAUAUCUGACUCGACUGAUUAUUAAUUUGUGUUUGGCUGAAUGAACGUUUCAUUUGGGUCAAAUUCGUUAAAAUCCCGAAGCAGUAUAUGAAAAAGUCACCUCAUCAUGGCUUAUCGCCACUUACCGUUCACUCUCAUAAAGCACACUUUUUCAACAAAUCAGUGGUGCGUUAUAUUGAAACUUAUUAUAAAUUUCAAUAAAAGAAUUGGUCCAUGUUUAGUGUGCGUAUUUCGAGUUAUGGAUGCACGCAGGAAGUUUGGAGAGCACGAGAGAAACGAAAGAAUUGCUCGAGGCGCAGUCGCUUUUUGAAUGCUCUCCAAACUUCCCAAGUGCAUCCGUAACUCAAUAGACGCAUAGCUAAAGCACGAACCGAUUUUAUUAAGACAUAGCAUGCAGACACAAGUUGUGCUCGAAAAAAUUUUUUUAUCACAACAGUAUCUAGCUUAUUAGGUGACCGUGUUCUACCUGAAAACUACAAAUAAGAGACAAGGCAAAAAUAACCAAGAAAUGUUUCGAGACAAAAUCUCUAUUCAAAGAAUAAUAUUGUAAAUAUUCUGUUCAGGAGCGAAAAACGAGCGAACAUCUUGCAUGCACGAGACUGCGUAGUAGACUCAGCAUGCUUGAAUUGCUUACCAUAAUUCAUGGUCAGUAAAGUGUACGAACAUUUUCGAGACCCGCGUGGUAGAUGUAGCCUGCUUAAAUUUUUUUUUUUUUUUGUAGUAGAAUUAACGACCAGAAAACUGCGUAGCUUUGUAUUGAAAAUUAUGACAAUUUUACGAUUUCAAAACAAAAUUAUUCAUUGACCAACACUUUUGGGACAAAGCAACACUUCAAAAUAAUAUUUACCGUUCCAAUGAAGAGUCCUCAACUUCGCAAAGCCUCGGUUGAAGUCAGAAAGCUAAGUUUUGUUUUUAGCCAUGAUUCGCAUCGCGUUUGGGAAUGAAGCAUCGUCAACUCCAAAACUUAUUUGGUUGCCUUUCGUUUCGAGCUUCCUCGAGCUCCAAAAGGUCUAUCUCAAUUAGGAAAGAAUGGUUUCUAUACUUUUCGAUACCCACAUGUAAUGGUAUGAGAUGUCACAUGAUAUAAUGCAAUACACAGGUGUAAGUGACGUGAGGCAGAGUCCCAAUAGGAUAAAAAAUGUUUUUGCUUCUGAAGUUAUAACUUGGUCGAUGGUAAUUACUGGAAUAAAAUUGAAGAUAUUCAGACAAUACAUGAAUAAUUUUUACUCAUAGGUUGGAAACAAGACCCGAAUUGACCAAGUCCAUUGUCUAUGUACUCAUCUGACUUCUUUUGGAGGAGGGUUCAUCCAAGCUCCAAAUCCUAUAGACUUUGAUAAAGUUUUCGAGGGCUUCAAAAAUUUGUCCGACAAUGUUGCUGUGCUGGCAACUAUUGUGACAGCAUUUGCCAUCUAUAUUUUGAUGGUACUGUGGCUGAGAAGAAUGGACAAGCGGGAUAAACUUAUUGUAAGCUGGUCCUUAACCUUUUGGAUAUGGCUAUGUUAUUACUAAGAGAAACGAUGCAAAAUUGAGCAAAGUUGAAUUUGAAAGCUCUCAGUACUUCUAAAUCGACGAUGAAACCAGUAAAUAUUCUAGAAUCAAACUUUUUAUUGGGAUUCUCCCAAAAUCCUUUGUUUACUCAGAGGCUUUAAUUUUUAGAGGUGACAUUGAAAGUAACUCUCAAGAAGUGCAACUUUUCAACAGAACGUCCUACCGAAGCGAAAAAUAUUUCCAGUUGUCUUAAUUUCUUAAGUGGUACGUGACAGUCGCUUAGAAAUAGUGAGUACCUCAUCGACUCAUGUAUGGUCUUAAAAUGUAGUGUACAAGGUUGCAGUAAUAAAUCAUCUUGUGAGAAUUUUUUAGAACAGAGCAGCGCAAAAUGUAAUCGUGGGUAUUUAUGAGAAUGUGGCGCAUUUCAAUUGAUAUAAUCAUUAAUAAUUGUCUUGCCAUUAUAGGGCAUUCCUACGACAAUUCAAACCCACGAAGGUGUACCCCUAAACAGCUAUGAGAUUAUAAUCCAAACUGGCUCAUGGCGAGGCUCUGGUACAACAGCCAAUGUCUUCAUAGUCCUGGUGGGCGAGAAUGGCGAAAGCAACCCCAUCGCACUAAGGGAUGAAAACAAAUCUCUUUUCACCAGAGGAUCGACGAAUGAAUUCCUCGUUUCAAUUCCUGAGAAUCUUGGAAAAUUGCUCUACCUUACGGUAUGGCAUGAUUUGUCAGGCAUAAAUUCUUCUUGGUAUCUCAGUUAUGUUAUCAUUCGCGAAAAUAAAACAAGGGAACAGUACAUUUUUGCAUGUGACCAUUGGCUCGCCCUAGAGAGAGGAGACGGUUCAGUAAGGAGAGUUAUACCAGUAAGCGACAAAAAGGAACUAACAAGUUUUGGGAUCCUUUUCCGUACCAAGACAUCUAAAGACAUAUUUGAUGGCCAUCUUUGGAUCUCUGUUGUAGGUAAACCCUCUAAGAGUAACUUCACUCGUGUCCAGAGAUUGACCUGUUGUAUGUCACUUCUAUUUAGUGCAAUGAUAACAAACGCAAUGUUUUACAACAUUGGAAACAAGUCAGACGAUUCCACUGUUUCCAUUGGACCAUUUUCAUUGAGUCUCAGGCAGAUCAUAAUUGGAAUUCAGAGCAGUCUCAUUGCGCUCCCAAUCAACAUCAUAGUCUUGCAGAUAUUUCGUAAUCUAAAGCAAAAGAAAACAACCAGUUCAAAAUAUAAAAGGCCAUUUCCCUUCCGAAGAAACGCAGUGUUCGUCAGCGAUGAAUGGUCAGACAAAGAUGCUCCGAUGGAACCAAUCCAGGAAACUUCAGGUGGACGCUUGCCUCACUGGUUGAUCUAUAUAGCGUAUCCUCUGUGCUUUCUGAUAGUGAUGACUGCAGCAUUAUUUACUUUGUUUUACAGUAUGCAGUGGGGAAAGGAAAUAUCCAACAAGUGGCUCUCAUCCAUGCUUGUAUCAUUUUUCCAGGACGCAUUUAUAACACAGCCCUUAAAAAUCUUCCUUGCCGCUCUAGUUAUCUCAUCAAUUUUGAAGAAACUACCCGGCGACUUUACAGAAGGGCCAUUUGCGGGUAGGAAAACAAGCAUUGUAGACCCCAAACCAACCGCAUUUGACAGAGAAGAGGCAAUAAAAAGACCACUCUUUAUGUCUAAACCUCCAGACGAGACCCUAGUGGAGAAGGCCAGGAAGUACAAAUUGAACGAGUUGAAAGCUUUCAGGAUACUGAGGGAAAAUAUCUUGCAUCUGCUAUUUCUAUCGUCGUUGCUGGUGAUAAGUUAUUCCACGAGAGACCCAGAUGCUUUCACUCAGAGCAGAUAUCUGAGAUACGUGUUCGGUGAACAGGUACGGUGUACCAACGCUAAACUAUUAGUUAGGAUAAGAACGAUGAAAAAAGGAUUUAAAAAAGCUGCCUACAACGAAAUUGCUCGUUUAUGUCCAGCAUGACGUUUUCCGCCUUGAAUGCCAUUUCACUUUUUAUAGUCUAACCUUAUCCUGUAAGUUCUCGUACGAGAAAGUGCCACUUGACGGCAAUCAGAGAGACUCAAUUAUUUUGGUGGUUGCUUACGGGAUGUUGGCUUGUACGUUAGAUGUUGCUGUUCAUUAAGGUAUCAUGGUAAAUGGUUUAAACUUGGGGUAGCAUGUGAUAGGGGAAAUUGAUAUUAUCAACUGAGUUGAAAACGUAAAUUGGCCACCGCAAAGAGUUUCAAAGCUGACGUUUCGGGCGUCCGCCUUUCGUCAGAGUGAAGGGCUAACGAGGAGCUAACGCUCGAAACGUCAGCUUUAAACUCUUUACGGUGGCCAAUCAACGUUAUCAAUAAGUUGAUAAUACUAAAUUAUUCAGUUAUACUCUCCCAACGACUCAGCGCCACAGUUUCUUUAGAAAAUUGCCCCCUUUCAUCGGUGACAUAAGAGAGUAUAGUCUGAGUGUAAGACUAGAAGGACUGCUGUCGGUAAUAGAGACUGACGUUAUGAUAACAGACUUUCUCAGUAAUACACUCACUCGGACGAUCAGAUCACUCUAUCAAUAACGUGUGUAUCUGGCCCCUAUAUGGCUUGCCAAAGCUUUAUUUCCCUUGUUGGCUGUAGCACCACACCAUUUCAUCUGUGAGAAAACAGAUGAAAAAAGAGAAAAAGUGCUAAGUUUUGUUUACCACGUGAUUACAAGCAGUGGUUUUUUUCUUUUUUCGAAUAUGUAUUUUUAAUUUACCUAGGCUAACGAUAUCCGGAGUCUUUGGUCUUUCUUGGAAACUGGUUUGCUACCUUUUGUCUUCGACAAAAAGUGGUAUAACGGUGAUGAGGACAAAUUAGAUGGGUUCACUGAAGACAAGUACUUGUAUAUUAUUGGUAUGCCACGCCUUAGACAACUCAGGUCCAAGAAAGGUACGCUUUUGAAAUGCUUUUCUUAGAUUAAUAUACUGUUUCCAACUAUUUUUUUGUUUAAAAGAACGUUGUGCUGGGAGAAGUUGACAAUAUUUAAUUGAAUUUGAAUUCGUUUGGAAUAUAUCUAGCACAAACUAGUUGCUGUUACAUUAAUUUGCUCAAGAGGAUGAAGCUUUCUUUUUUUUUCCAUUUGAAGUAAACUGUGAAAGUGAAUACUCCCAAGACCUAAACAUGAGUUGCAGUGGUUCUUACUCCGUUAUUGACGAGGAAAAAGAUUUCUAUUUACCUGGAUGGAUAAAAAAAGGCGACUUGAGCUUUUCGGCAUGUCCGGCUUCAUGGCGAUACCAAACAGCUCUAAAACUGGACGGACUGCCUUUUUGGGGUAGUAAAACGAUUUACAGUGGCGGAGGAUAUACUGCUGACCUGGGUUACUUCAUGGAGCAGGCUAGAGAAGUGAUAAGUGACUUACAGACCUACAAAUGGGUUGAUCAGUUCACACGUGCAAUCUUUGUCGAGCUUAGUGUGUUCAAUGCUCCAGCCAAUCUUUUUAGCAGUGUUACUUACUUGGUGGAGUUUACAGGUACCGGGGGCUCUUCAACGUAUUUGAAAGUGGACACUUUCCGCCUUUAUCAGCAUGUCGGCCCCUGGACUGCAGCGGUUGCAUUAAGUGAGUUUGUGGCCGUUGUGACUGUUGCAAUAGCUCUCUACGUGGCUUGCAAGAAGAUUUCUAGGGAGAGAAAAGGAUUUUUCAAGAAGGCUUGGAAUGUUGUCGAUGCUGCGCAGAUUGGGCUAUCCAUCUCUGCUAUAGCACUGUUCUUCAUCCGACUGAUGAACGCAAACUGGACUAUCGCAAAAGUUCAGGAGAACCCAUUUGUAUUCGUAAGCUUUCAUUAUGCAAUGAAGUGGGACGAAGUUAGCACUUACGUCAUGGGUGCCAUAGUAUUCAUCGCCACGUUAAAGUUUCUCCAACUGCUGAGCUUUAACCGGCACAUUGCUGUUCUUUCGCAUACAAUUUCUCGUGCCGCAGUAGAGCUGCUACCGCUGGGAAUGGAAGUCUUACUCACGAUUUUUGCCUUUAAUAUCUUUGCUUACGUUGUUUUCGGAAGCCGGGUCGAAGGUUUUAACAACUUCAUAACGACCUGUGAAACUACACUGGCUAUGACGCUUGGGAAGGCAUACUUUAUGGAGCUGAGCGAUUCGGAGGCUGUCCUCGGUCCUUUGUUUUUCGCUAUGUUUGUGAUAACUAUGCAAUUUUUCCUUAUCAACAUGAUUCUGGCUGUUAUUAUGGACACCUACAAUGAAGUUAAUGCUGAAAUCGAUGAGAACUCCCCAGAGUACGAAAUGGCCGGUUUUCUUCUAUGUUAUUUAAAGUCUUUCUUCGGUGAUCACUCUGAGUUUAAGGCCGGAGACGAGGUCUGGAGGAAAUCUAAAGAGAAGGGAAACAAAACUGUUAAAACUAAGAGUGUCAAAGAAAACCUCCUUGUUUUAAAGGAACAGCGUAAUUUGCUGAAGGAAAGGCUAAAAUCGUUGCAAACUUUGGACAAAGAUGUCGCCGAUUCGGAGCUCUCUUUUGUAGAGCGGUGGCAUGCCAUCUGUAUCUCUGCUGAUUAUGAGACUGAUGCAAAGUUGUUAGAAGUGAUGACGUUCUACCUUGGCCACGAAACCGAUUGCUCCAUCGAACUUAGUGUUUCAGAUAACGAGGCCGAUGCAUUUGCAUAA